UACAAAGGCGAAAUUUUAAAAUCUUUAAUUAAAUUGAAUCCCUCGGCUCCUUCCCGACCCAUUUCUCUCCUCGCCUCUCAAAUUACUCGAAUUAUCUCUUCGAUUAAGGUUUGAGGUUGCGGAUAUAGGUGUGAAUAACUUUGGAUGGAACAUUAAGAUAAGAUUGAAGUUUGAUUCCUGUUUUCAUUUUGAGAAAAGCUUACAUAAAUGGAGUCGUCAAAAGAGACCGGCUGCCAGGCUCCUGAAGGCCCCAUUCUUUGCAUCAACAACUGUGGCUUCUUCGGAAGUCCUGCCACCAUGAACAUGUGCUCCAAGUGCCACAAAGACAUGGUGCUGAAACAGCAGCAGGCCAAACUCGCGGCAACAUCCAUCGAGAACAUUGUCAAUGGCAAUGGCAGCGGCGGCGCAACUAGCAGCAACCAGAAAGACCCUGUCUUGGCCGAUGCAUUCAACACGAAACCCGAUUCACCCAAACAACCCCUUGUUAUGGCCCCAGAGACGAAGGCAAAGACUGCAGGGCCAAACAGGUGCGCCACUUGCCGCAAGCGUGUAGGUUUGACAGGAUUCGAUUGCAAGUGCGGGAACCUCUUCUGUUCGGUCCAUCGCUAUUCUGACAAGCAUGACUGCCCGUAUGACUACCGGACUGCAGGUCAGGACGCCAUAGCCAAAGCAAACCCGCUCGUGAAAGCAGACAAGCUCAAUAAAAUCUAAGAAGCGUGCAAGGUACGUUGGCUGCUUUUAUCGGUGUUAAACCAUGGGUGUUGAAAUGAGUUGGCUAAUUGUGUUAGUAAGUCUCUCUCUCUCUCGAAUGCUGUUUGGGUCGAUAGCACGAAAGAGAAUGCAGGUGGGAGGGGGAGGGGGUGGGGUGGGGAGGGUCUUGAUGUCGUCGUGGUCGUGGUGUCUCUUGAAUACUAUGAACUAUGAAGUCGUUGUCGCGUCACUCGGAUUGUGGUCGUGUUUUGAUAGUGUAAGUUGUUUGCUGGCUUGAAUGAUAUAUUGUUGUGAGAUUUUCAUCUUUUUGUCGCUACGGAGACGGAAAGAUAAAUAUCUUUAAUCUGCC